AUGAUUUUGUCGUCUGAUGCCCGAACACAACUUAUAAAGGAAUUAGUUAAUGGUCGUUGUAAUAGUAAUCAUAGUAGCGAAGAUAUUCUAAUGGUGACAAAUGUUAUUGCAAUGAAUAAAGAUUUUGUUAAUCGGGUGUUGUUAGUAUCUGAUUUUGCUGAAAAGAAUAUUAUGGUGGAUGUGAAUCAUGUUACAGUUGAUGUCUUUAAUGAUAUGAUUUUGCUUCCAUUCACUAACAUUUGUGUUGAUUGUAAUGAAUUACUUAGUUUGUAUCGCUGCAAGUCGGUUCAUAUUAUUGAUUGUCUUAAAAUUAUCCGAGCGGUAGCUAUGACCGGGGAAUGUAAAUCAUGUUUACUUUUAUAUGGUCACUCGUCUUGGAGUUCCGAUGGCGGAAAAUCAGCAGUUCGUCCAUGA